AUGGCAGAGCCUGCAUCCAUCUACAAUUUCAAAAAACAUUACUCAACCCGCAGUUUUCAAUGCCACUUCUGCCAUCGCAAGUUCUUCUCUUCUCAAGCUCUUGGUGGCCAUCAAAACGCACACAAACUCGAGAGAGCUGCUGCUAGAACAUCAACCAAACCACUCUAUUUUCACUCUUCUUCUCUCAUAAUCACCGACCUCAGGCCCAAGACCAAGCCCAAACCCAAACCCUACUUGCUUGAAGUUGACCUCCAUGCUGCUGGCGCUUCUAUAAUCUAUCGCAGUGCUGCUGCUCUUCCUACUCAACCUUCUGACCAUGUCAAUCUUGAUCUCACCCUUCGUUUGUGA